AUGUCCGAUGCCGGCUCACGCGGGCAGCGCUUCGCCUUCAUCGACUCCAGCGCAUGCAACCGACUAUCAAGCAGAUUAGUGCGCAGUCAUGCCAUGAAGGGUAAAAAUAUGGGAAAAAGGCACCAUCGGCGGUCGAGAUUGGACCUGGACCUGCGCCAACACCGGCUGGCCGCAAAGGCGGUGCCGUCUGGCUGUGCCCUGCCCACACUCAACCAGUGGUCUGCACCGUUGCACUCAGUCUCUCCUUUUCCUAUCAGGGCUACAUUCCAGACUCGCGACGCCAUCAACAGAUUUUUCGCAUGUGUCACAGAAGCCUUGCUUCCACCGGCAAUAUGCUGCUCGUUGGACAAAGUCACGUCUUUCUGGUGGCGGUUCUUGUUCGUUGAUCAAACUGCCCACCACUGCACUCUGGCUCUUCUGUGCACACUUAACGGCUUCUUCCUUGGCGAACCUAACGUGUCGCACGAAGCUCUUUACCACCUGAGUCGAGCGGUCAGUCUGGUCAAUGAGCAGCUAGGGACUACGAAGGCCUUGUCGAACUCCACGCUCGUAGUGGUCAACUUCUUGGUCGUGUAUGAGAUAGUCCGAGAAUCAAGAAAUGAAGCGGAAAUCCACUUGAAAGGACUACAAAAAAUGGUUGACAUGCGUGGCGGUCUAGCGAGCCUUGAGGCUAGUGAGGAUGCUCUGUUGGUAUUGAAGACUGAUAUCGACUGUGCUCUAAGCUACGGAACGACACCAGGCUUCUACCGGGACCGCAUGUCAGAUGUGAUAUGGUGUUUAACCUCGCAAGGCUUCUCAAUGAUCCAUUGUCCUAUUGACUCAAAUCCAUGGUUCAAUGAGUUGAGUCCUACUCUCGGACAACUGCUCCUCGAGGUUGUAUGUAUAGGACAAUCGUUCGACAAGGGAUACAAAUUGGACCCGUACAUGUUUCAAGAAUUCCUCGUCUCGCUUGGAUAUCGUCUCAUCCAUUUUCACCCCUUAGGCGAUUCCAACCCUCGACUGGAGAGCAAGGUUGACCAGGCCUGUCAUAUUGGGCUUACCGUUUACCUGACGACUCUAUUCUUACGCCGUGGCAACAGAUGCUUCUUGAGAUACAGGCUCAUCGCGCAACAACUCAAAGACAUCAUCGAAACAGGCUUGGAAGGCGAACACAAUGAUUUGAUGUUGUGGCUUCUUUUCAUUGGUGGCGUAUCAGUGCUUGAAGACCUGGACCAAGCGUGGCUUGGCUUGAGAAUACGCCAGGCAGCUCAGUCACUUGAGGUUAACAGCUGGAAGGGUAUUCAACUAUGCCUGACUCAAUUUCCAUGGAUCGGCUUGCUUCACAACGAAGCGGGAGAAGCACUAUGGAGACGGCAAGAAGAAUUGCUUUAG